AUUGAGCUAACAUCUUACGUUUGGCAAUGCUACUCUCACCAGAAUGAGCAGUUACUGAGAAGUACAGCGUUGAGCAAGUGCCAUGGUUUUCGUACUUUCAAGUGCGUCUCUUUGGGCGCUUAAGUUGUGGCGUCUUGCUUUGCUUAUGUUUUUAUUCUUAUUAAGUGUUUAUUAUUCAAUGAAUUCCAUGAGAAUGUUUCAAAAAGAAUUAGAUACAUUUUCAAUCGUCCGUGGAGUUGAAUUAUUCAAAACUAAGGAGACCUCUUCAGCUGGUCAAAAUCUGUUCAACAGCACAGGAAAAAUAAAUUCUGCUACUAAUCAGGACGCUUUCUACCAAAAAUUCGAAGAACCUUUCUCCCAAAAUUCUGAGCCGGAUAAAAGCGUUGUUUUGACUGGGGGUCUAGCCCCCUUGUCCGUCCCUGCGACGCGUGUAGACCCCUCUGGAGACCACAAGUUCGGGGCUUCAUCGCCCUCCCACGACCCCUCGGCGACCCUCGCAUCCCCUCAGCAGUGCUUCUUCUCAGAGGGCAAAAUCAACGCAACCGACGACGCAUCUGUUAAGCUUCACCUCCGUGAAGUGGCUCGUCGUCGUCGCCAUGUCCAGCAGUUCUGUAAACAUGGAGUCUCUACGCGGAACUCUACUCUCGCCUCCGAUUAUAAUUUGUUCGAUGCCGCCCAUUGUGUUUCCUACUGUAAAAUAUUGAAGUCUGGAUCCAGCACGAUGCUGACCUUCAUGUUACGUAUCAACGGACUUGACGAUAAAGUUGAUAACAAUGCCGAGCUGCACGGCCGGGCCCAAGCCGCGUUCCCGGCGCCUCCAGGACAAAUGUCAGCGCGAGCUGCACGAGGAUUUCUCACGGUCACCAUCGUGCGUCAUCCUUUCAGACGCUUGGUGUCGUGCUACUGCGACAAGGUCAUAAUCAACGGGCUAAAUACGAACUUCAAAGACGCUAUUCAGCACCUAAGAGGACGAAAAACGUUAGAUAUUUUACGAGAAACGCUACCUAAUUAUUACUUUGAGUCGAUGGAUUUUGAAUACAAUGGAAAGUCAAAAAAUAAAAGUUUAUCCCAAGAUCGGUAUUCCCCGGAAAAGAUUUUGAAAGACAACAAUUAUCGCCUAAUUUGGAGCACCCCAGGAAAGGAAAAAUUUAUGAAGUCUAAAGGAAGAGUCAAGGCAAUACAUCCCCUGCCAGAUAUCCUGACAUUCCCUGAGUUUGUUGUGCUCGUGGCUGUGGGAAUUUUGCCUUGCAUUGGAAAUCCUGAGUGCUUGGCGAAACUCGACCGACACGUGCUGCCUCAAAGCAAUUCAUGCGAUUUUUGUAGUGGCAAGUUAGACUUCAUAAUGAAGCUGGAGUCCCUGGAUGAGGAUCUGUUGCUGCUGAAUAACUUGCUGAGUCGGCCGAAGCCGAGGAUGAGCGACACUCGAAUGACAGAUUCGGACAAAUUUUCCUCACCGACAACCCAAAGAUCAUCAACAUUAAAAGCUGUCUUAAAAACAGUGGAAAACAGCAUUAAAAACGAAGACAGCGGCUCGGAGUUGUCGACGCAGGGUCCAAGCAAGUUAAACACUGGUCGUUCAUCUACCUUACAUGCAUUAUAUGCGAUACCAAACUCGACUCAAAUCGCUUCAGCUGUUGCUGAAAAUUUUACUUUUUCCAAACACUCAAUAAAUAAUUCGUUUUCGGAAGUCUCACCGCGACCCCGUGGCACUGAGAUUCCAUUCCACGAAGGAUCCACGACAUUUGCUCCCGAAGGAUCCACAACAUUUGCUCCUGAAGGAAUCAACUCGCAUGCAAAGCUCAGAGUCAAUCCCAGCAGCGAUUUGUGUUUGUCAUACGACGAGUACAUGCAUCAAUUAUCCGGAUUCGAAAUAGAUCUAAUAUAUAAUGCGUAUUAUCAUGAUUUCCAAUAUUUUGGCUACGUGCCUUUGUAACUUUUAUUUGACACGCAUUAUAUACAUAAAGCCUCUCGUUAAGAUAACAAAAUAAUCUAUUAUGUCCUCGAGGUUAUAUGUGAUUGAAUGCAUUGAAAACUGCGAAGAUGCUUCGUGCCAUAAUAGGUAAUGCAGAACGCUUCGUAGUAAGAACAGCACAAAGGUUAUGAUAAUUACCUGUGGAUUGUGAUGCACUGAAUUUUGCUUUGACAAGUUGCGACGGCUAAACUAGUUAAUUUUUUGAGUUCCUUCGUGAGCUGCCUCAUUCGAUGGAUCGUAUGUAAUUGCAAACUGUUUUUGCCCAUAACCUGUUGAAAAAAACGGAUUUUAAAAUACAUUCUAUACCUAAAGUUAUAUGUAAAAAUAUCUAGGACAUCUCUAAUGAACUAUGAUGCCCUCACUUCAGCAGGUCGCUAGUCCGUGCAUGUGUUAUCGCUCCGUGUUAGCCAAGAGAUUGGGUGUAACUGAGUUACAUCGGUGUCAGUGAAUCCAGCGAUAACGACAGGCAAAAAAUUU